AUGGCGUGGUUCGGUCGCAAAGCAAAGUCCUCUCCGAAGCCGGCGACUCAAGCCGCCCCUGCACCGAGCAUGCGUCCUCCCGUCAAUAGCAGUAUUGCGAGUUCAUCGAAUCCCGAGCGUGAGGAGGCGAUCCUGCGGAUCGGGACGCACAUGCUCGACAUCGCGCGGUCGCACAAGUCGGGGUUGUUGUCCAAGCAGUUCUAUCAGGACAAACUGAUGGACUGGUCGAUGAAGGACCACAACUUUAAGGUGCAGAUGUUCCGGUUUGUCGAUGCGUUCCCGGCACUGACGACUCCUGAGAUGGUGCACGAUCAUCUGGUGGAUUACAUGACGCAGCCGGGCGUGAAGGCGCCACCGGGGAUGGAUCUGGCGAUCAAGGCGGGCGGGGUCGCGAAGGGGCUAGCGGCGAAGACGAUCUCGGGGCAGAUCACGGGGAUGGCGCACAACUUUAUUGCGGGAACGGACGCCGCGGAUGCGCUCCCGAUGCUGACGAAGCUUUGGAAGCAGGGGAUCGCGUUUAGUGUGGACCUGCUUGGCGAGGCGUGUGUGUCCAAUGCGGAAGCGGACAUGUACCAGGCGAAGUAUCUGGACCUGGUUGAGAACUUGGUGGACACGGCUUCGAGCUGGGAGUCGAAUGAUCGGCUUGAGAAGGACCACCUUGGGGUGGUGCCUCGCGUGAAUGUUUCGAUCAAGGUGUCGAGCUUGUGCGCUUUGUUUAAUCCGAUUGCGCCGGAGAGUUCGAUCGCGGACUUUAUGAAUCGGGCGCGUCCUGUGCUUGAGGCGGCGAAGCGGAACGGGGUGCUGAUUAACUUUGACAUGGAGCAUCACGAGUUCAAGGACCUGACGCUUGACACGUUUAUGCACGCGUGCGAUGAGAUCGACUUUGAGGCGGGGAUCGCGAUGCAGGCGUAUCUGAAGUCUGGGGUUGAUGACGCGAAGCGGAUCUGUGAGUGGGCGCAGCGGACGGGGCGUGUGGUGACGGUGCGGUUGGUGAAGGGGGCGUACUGGGACUUUGAGACGAUCCAUGCGGAGCAGGAGGGGUGGCCUUGUCCUGUUUGGAAUGAGAAGUGGCAGACGGAUCAGUGCUUUGAGGAGAUGGUCAAGGUGUUCCUUGAUCACUGUCCGACCAAGGCGGGUGAGGGGGGCGUGAAGCUGGCGCUGGGGUCGCAUAAUGUGCGGUCGAUCGCGGCGGCGAUUGCUGGGCUUGAGCAGCGUGGACUCGGGAUGGAGACGAUCGAGCUUCAGAUGCUGCACGGGAUGGCGGAUCAGCUCAAGCAUGCGGCGGCGGAGAUGGGGCUGCGGGUUCGCGAGUAUGUGCCGGUCGGGGAGAUGAUUCCGGGGAUGGCGUAUCUUGUGCGCCGGUUGCUUGAGAACACGAGCAACGAGUCGUGGCUCAAGGCGGGGUUCCUGGAUAACGCGGAUACGUCGAUGCUGCUGAUGGAUCCGGCGAAGGUCGGGGCGGGACGAGACAAGCAGGAUCUGUAUCUGAUUGCGCCGGAGCGGCAUGAGUUGUCUCCGGCGGAUGAGCGGGUGGGGAACGGGCGGCCGUUUUAUACGGAACCGAUGCGGGACUUUGCGGAGGCGCAUCAGCGGCGGAUGUUUGCGCAGGCGAUCGAGCAGGCGCAUGUUCCUGAAGUCAACAACGAUCGGACUCCGGAACAGGCGGGGGCGAUGGUGGCGCAGGCGCAUAGCGCGUUCCCGGCGUGGCGCGACUUUGAUCCGUAUGAGCGGGCACGCGUGCUGACGCUGACGGCGGGGAUGAUGCGGGCGCAGCGUGAUGAGCUCGCGGGGAUCGUGUGCAAGGAAUCGAACAAGACUUGGCGCGAGGCGGACGCGGAUGUGUGCGAGGCGAUCGACUUCUGUGAGUACUACGCGCGUCUGGCGCCGAAGCUGUUUACGCGGGAUCGGCUUGGUCGGUUUAUUGGGGAGCUUGAUGAGUUGUGGUACCAGGCGAAGGGGGUCGCGGUGGUGAUCUCGCCUUGGAACUUCCCGCUGGCGAUCUGCUGCGGGAUGACGGCGGCGGCGCUGGUGACGGGGAACACGGUGAUCGUGAAACCUGCGGAGCAGACUCCCGGCAUCGCGAAGGUGAUGUUCGAGCUGAUGAGUAACGCGCUGACGCAGUUGAGUGCGCCGGAGGGCGUGCUGCAGUUCUGUCCGGCUCCGGGUGAGACGACCGGGGCGGCGCUGGUGCGUGAUCCGCGGAUUAACCUGAUCGCGUUUACGGGGUCCAAGGCGGUGGGGUUGAACAUCAUCGAGGCGGCGGGCGCGACUCCUGAGGAGCAGCCUCAUGUCAAGCGGGUGGUGUGCGAGAUGGGCGGGAAGAACGCGGUGGUGAUCGAUGUGAGUGCUGAUCUUGAUGAGGCGGUGCUCGGGGUUCGCUACUCGGCGUUUGGGUUCCAGGGUCAGAAGUGCUCGGCGUGCUCGCGGUGCAUCGUUGUUGAUCCGGAGGGUCCGAACGGUCAACGUAUGCAGCUGUUCCUUGAGCGGCUGGGCGAGGCGACCAAGACGCUGGUGCUUGGGGAGGCGACGGAUCCCAACAGCGAUGUGUCUCCUGUGAUUGACGCGGAGGCGGCGGGGAAUAUCAAUCGGUUUAUCCAGUCGGCGCGUGAUGAGGGGCUCAACGAGCUGGUGGGCGCGAAGGACUUCCCAGCGAAUGACAUCGAGAAUCUGGUGGCGCCGCAUAUCUUCACGGGCGUGACGGAGAGCAACACGAUCUAUCAGCAGGAGAUCUUCGGUCCGGUGCUCGCGGUCGUACACGCGAAGGACUACGGCGAGGCGCUGCGGCUGGCGAACGGUCAUAUGUACAAGCUGACGGGCGGCGUGUUUACGCGCAAGCCGACGCAUAUCGAGGUUGCCAAGCGGGAGUUCCGCGUCGGGAACCUGUACAUCAAUCGCGGGUCCACUGGGGCGCUUGUUGGACGGCAGCCCUUCGGUGGGUUCGGGAUGUCGGGCGUAGGCUCGAAGGCGGGCGGUCCCGAUUAUCUGAUGCAGUUUGUCGAUCCGCGUGCGUGCUGUGAGAACACGAUGCGGCGUGGGUUUGCGCCGGAGCUGUAA